AGGAGUUGCAGUCUCGCAAGAGUGUUUGCCCACAUAAGCUCAGCAGGAUUACGUUUUGUUCAUGGCAACACAGCACCAAUGUAAAGUAGGCCCAAAACCUUGGCCGGACGCCCCCGUGAAUUUUAAGUGAGCGCUUUUUGCACUCGGAGUGUCCCCACAUCUCGCUUCUUUGCGCUGUAUCACUCCACUGGGAACAUAUACACAUAUCACGGGCCUCCUUUUUUCUUGCCCUAGGGACUAUAUUUCUUAUUUUCCAUGUGGCACGUCAAGCCCACCCCCUGUCACUUAACAGCGCUAUAUAAGACAGCAAGAGGGCCUGAUGAUAAGAAGCAGUUCUCAAGACAAGCUUGGCCAUGCAGUGUAAAGUCCUCGUCUGUGUGGUCUUGCUGCACCUCAUAAACAAUGUGUGCUCUGCUGUCAUACAAGCCAGACUGAAUACAAAUGUCAGCCUUCCUUGCAACGUGACACUGAAAUUGGACGAAGUGGAUGAGAAUCUGGUUGAAGUCGACUGGGUGAGCAACAACGGCACAAGCGUCGCCUCGUUCAAGAAUGCGACUGAGCAGAUAAAAGAUGGCUUCUUUUGGACCACCGAUCAUUUCCUCAUUGGAGAUUUUUCAGUGAACAUCCUCAGUGUCGGACUGAGUAUGCAAGGGGUGUAUGAAUGCACAGUAUACUACGACUCCAGAAAGCUGCACGCAGGCAAUGUUACACUCAGUGUUAUCGCCUCCCCAUUUGUGUCAGUACCGCAACAAUGGAUUGUUUUGGGGGCCGAGAGCCAGCUUGAAUGCCAUGCAGAUGGCUUCUACCCUCCACCUGUCUCGUUCACCUGGACUAGAGACGGCCAAGUCAUUCAUUCCACCAACUCGCUCGAUGGGGAGAAGACCCCCGAUGGUCUCUACAGAGCUGCUGUCAAUCUCACCUACUACCCAAGUAAAGAGGACCAGAACGUGACCUUUGGCUGCAAAGUGAACCACAAUGGAAAAAAUCAAGAGCUCAAUUUUCUACUCAACAUUACAUACACCCCAACCGUCAGGCUCUCAGCCAUUCGCUCGCCUUCAUCCAACAGUCCUCUCACCCUCUCCUGCCAUGUGGAAAGCUUCUACCCGGAGGAGUUGACCAUAUCCUGGCUGCAAAACGGAACUUUUCUCCCUGAUCCGCCCAUCAGUGAGCAGAAUCCGGACGGGACCUUCGGAACCACACGCUACUUUACUUUGAACCAUGAGCAGAGGAAGAAGGGCGGGGAGGUGGAGUGUGCAGUCAGCCAGCCUGGAGUUGUACAGUCAGCCCGGGUUUCAGCAUACGUGGAAGAACUGGAUCCUCAAGAUGUGGCACCGGUGCUCACUAAAUCUGCUAAAGCAUCCGUGGCACUGAUGUGUAUCUCCCUGGUGCUUGUUUUCCUCUUGUGCUUUGGCUUUUCUUGGAGGCGACGUGAUGAGAAGCAGAAAUCACUGGCAGUGUCCGGAAUCAUCCUCCCUCCACGCAUCGUUGUGGGUCAAAAGGGCAGAGUGAGCGUGUGCAUCGAAGGCAGGAGGGUGGACCGAGUCCAGACUGCAUGGUUCCUCAACGACACUCCAAUCUCCGACACCUCCCUCACAGGGACAUCCAGUGCAAACUUUAACUGCCUCUAUAACCCCUUAACCACCAUCCAUCUGCCCUACGGCCUAACUCUCACCUCCCCAGCGCCGGAAAAAGGUCCUCUGCUUCCUUCCAGAGGAGAGAUGGGUUACUACAAACUGCACUCCCAGGGACCUCUACACUCAACAGGAAGUGGAGCCCAGCAGCUCAUCGCCUCGCUGACGUUCAUCCCGCAGAUUUCCAUCCAUAAGGGAGCUGUAUUUAAAUGUCAGGUGUCCUAUGCUGGCAAAGACAAGAUUGUAAUGGAGAGAUCAUCAGAGAGGUUUACAGUUCUAUCUGCACCGGAGGUAUCCGAAAUUCAGUUGGCAGAGACCCCAAAUGACCCAGAGGUCAUCAGCAUGACUGUGCGGGCAUCCCAUUUCCACCCGGAUGUCAUCACCUUCCGCUGGUUCUGCCAGGGUGGAGAGCUGAGCCCUGUGGCAUCCCAAGCUUCAACUUCCCCUCGACCUAAUUCCGAGGGCUUCUUCACAGCCUCCAGUCAGUGCAAACUGCCCCGAACUGAACUGGAGCAGGGAGGUACCAAAGUGUGGGUCAGCGUCCAUCACAUUGCCCUUAAGCAGCCUGUUACCCGCGAGACAAGAGGCUUUAUUAAGCAACCACGCGUGUCCGACAUCUCGUCCACCACCUCCACAUCGGACCAAAUGCUGACCCUAGGGUGCGAGGUUACCGAUUUUUACCCACCCGACAUUACAGUCACCUGGCUGAAAGUGAGAGGGGGCGAGCGAGACGACAGCGAAGACGAAGUGAUGGAUGGAGGAGAGCUGUGGGGCCCCAUGGAGAUUCACCCUAGACUCUACAGGAUCACGGCCACUUUGAAGACGGCACACAACCGGGAGAAAAGACAGAGAGGGGGCGGGAUUAAAUGCAGGGUUGAGCACCUUUCCCUGCAAGAACCUAUUGAGAGACUUUGGAGAAAUGUUGACAUUGUCGCUCCAAGCAUACCCUCCUCAAUUUCGGUGUGUUGGAGCAGUGAAGGAGUGGGUGUCUUCUCCCUUCUCUUGAAAGGAGGUCACCCCAAGGUCAAGUUACUGUGGACAGCGGGCGGGACCACCCUCUCACCGCUCGAGUCCAGUGAGACAGAGGAGAUCGGAGAUGACGGGCAGAGGGAGCUUAAAAGCGUGUGCGCCCUCGAGAGGUCCACACAUGAACCUAGUCGGAAUGAUAAACGGAGGAACAGACAUGGAAUAAAGACCAAAGCUGCUGUCACAGAUCCGGACACCGAAGGUAUAGCGUACAUCGACGAGAAAGUGGAAGUUGAGAACAACAACAAUGAGAAAUAUGAGGAGACAAAGUUAUCCGAUGUGGAGGAGGGUAGUGAUGAGGAUGACGAUGAUGAUUACGAUGAACGAGGGAUAAACUCUGGAGCAUUGUAUAUCAACAGAGUUAAUUUGACAAAGGGCAGUAGGGAGAGCGAGAGAGCUCGCCUGCGAGUUCUUGUGGAACUAACGCACCCAGCACUCAAAAUUCCUGUUUACAGAAGUUGGACAGAGCCCAAUGAGGAAAAUUCUUCCAUGUGAACAUCAUGAUGGUUACAAGAAGAAUUCGUCAUGAUAUCCCAAUAAAAAUAUUUUAUACACUUGCUAAUAAGUAGAAUUUAGCUUGUAGUUUUUGUAUAUUUCAUCAAGAAAGGUAUUGUUUCCAUUAGUUUAUUUAUUUAUACGAUCUCAUUUCCAGCUGCUUGAUUUUUAUCUUUCUUUUACAAGUGUCCGUAUUUUUGUACAAAUAUUUUUUACGACAAAAUCCCAUCCAUAUCAGCAAAUAAAAUCUGACAAUUUGGGCAAAAAUAAGGCUGCUAUUAUUGUUUCAAGUGAUUUUGAAAAGAAAUACAAACAAUUCUAAUGUUGUUCAAUACUUCCCAUUUUAUAUUCAACUUCUUUUAUUUGUCUAUAUUUUGAUACACACUAGGAGUUGAGUCAUUUCACAGCAGGAUGUGUUGUCUUAAGUUCCUCUUGUCAAAAGACUGUGCAAUAUCAAAAAUCACACUUAUGUGGUAACACAGUUUAUCUAUAGAAACAUGCUCUCUGGUCACCAAUUUGAUAAAAGAUAUUGCAAAAAGUGUACUUGGAAGAAAAAAAAUGGCGUCUGUAAAAACGUCAUGGAUAUCUACCUCAUAACUAUAGCUUAAUUGUAUUUUGUUUUGUUACUGUCGCGUUUUCUCCGAUAUGUUAAAUGAUAAAUAAUUGAUCCAAACAAAGAAAAACUGAAUAAAAAAAUUUAAAAGGGUAAAUAUAUGAAAAAGAACAUCUCGACCACUCCUUGAUGUCAGCGAUUUCUGCAUCGCGACCCUUGUUAUAUUACCAUGUUUCACCCAUAAAAUCCCCCAAAAAUCCAACUGUGGCCAUUCACAGCUGUGUCUUGACACUCAGUGAUAAAUGCGACAUGGACUUUUUGUAUCGAAACAAGGUAAGUACGCGAUAAUAUCUCGUUAAAGUCAUGGCAUCUGUAAUUCUGCUCUCGCGUGCUCUCACCUCCAGAUAGGGUUUUGCUGUUUAAAAAACAUAAAAAAUAAAAAAAAAAUUUUAAAAAGCCCUCCUGUCCAACAUUUUUCUUCGCCCAGGAAAUUGAGAUUUUAAGCUUUCCAAUGAUGUAUCACACAUGCACAUCGGGCAAUUUUGAAAUUUGGCCAAAUUGGGGGUCUCAGAGCAAUACUUCAAGUCACCUGAGUGUUUUCCGCUAUAUACUGUAGCCCAGGGGUAAAAGUGGGCCAGAACGGUCAGGAACGCAGUUCCGGUAUAAGAUUCAGGGCCAGAACGCAGUUCAGGUAUGAGAUUCAAGGCCGGAAUGCUGUUCCGGUACACUGUGCUUUGAUUCCGAAAAUAUGACGGCAACUGUCAAAACGCUAUGUAAAAAAAAAAAAAAAAAAAAAAAAAAAACCUAAGCUGCCACACAUGCAUUUCAUCUCCAAGAAGAAAAAAACCUACCAACAUCAGAUUUACAAGCAUAAUAAAGUGCUUGUGUAGCGUAAUCCAUUUCCACCAAUAUACCGUAUUGGCCCGAAAAUAAGAUGGUGUUUUUCGCAUUGAAAUAAGACCGAAAAAGUGGGGUCGUCUUAUAUUCAGGGUCUAGACGUUAUAACCAUUCAUGACGCUAGAUGGCGCCAGAUAUCAUUGAAGCGAAUGCUGAACUUGACUCCCCAGGCCAAAGCGAACCCCUGACACGAAGAAGUAUCUCAGCCAUUCUCAAGUUUAACAAGUUGGCAUUAUUUUAUUGCAAUGUUUUUCCUUAUUCAGAUUUGUUUCAACAGUUACAGUUAGACUUCACUGUGAUGGUUAAUGCAGUUAUUGCAAUUUUGUUGUUUUAUCACAAUAGAUUGGUUUAUUUACAUUUCAAAAAUCAGAAGCCAUUCAUUUACGAAUGUGAUUGCACUUUGGUUUACAUAUUUAAAUGUUCAGAUAUUAAGAUUUGAAUGAGGCAAAAUAACAUGCUUUUUCUCUCAAAUAUAUUGUUAUAAUAAUUUGUUUCUGAUGUACUGUAAUUAUUUUCUGUAUAAAAAUUUGGUGUUCAAAAAGUAUUUUUUCAAACUGGAGUCUUAAAAAAUAGGGGGUCGUCUUAUAAUCAGGGCCGUCUUAUAUUUGUGCCAAUACGGUAUUUUUUUAUUAUAAAAAAAAAAAAAAAAAAAAAGUAAAUGUUUAUAUUAACUUCAUUUUAAUAUACAUCCUAUUUUCUUAAGUAGUAAUUGAGAUUUGGCAUUUAGUAUGUGAGGAAAUGAGGGGAAAUGAAAAUUAAGAGAUGGAGGUUGGGGUUAUUGCUGUUUUUGUUAAAUUUUAUUUUGCAAAUCAUUGAAAAAAUACCAUUUUAAAUGAAAAUCAGUUUUUGUAUGUGUGAUAGAAAUAACUUUGCUAAAACUGUAUUCUCUGCAUUUCAGUA